AUGAAGGUUUCCUCCCAUUUCAUGGCGCCCAUGGCGCCGCCACCAACGGCGGCCCAUCACACGGGGUCGGCUCAGCAGAGCUCGCCCUGGAACUCGCCGGUUCGCUACCUGUUCGGUGGCAUGGCCGUCAUUUUGGGCCUCAUCGCCUUCGCCCUCCUCUUCCUCGCCUGCUCCUACUGGAAGCUCUCCGCCGACCACGACGGCGGCGACAACAGCGACGGCGACGUCGAGUCCGGCGACGGCAGGCCGGCGAUAGGCGCUGCUGCCAAGCCUCCGCCUCCGCCGCUCGAGCGGAGGAUCGUCGUCAUCAUGGCGGGCAACGAUAAACCCAUCUUCCUCGCCACCCCCAGGUCAGCUCCGGCCUUCUGCUUCCCCGAUGUGGGCAGCAACGUCGCAGGCCGCGGCGUUGACCAGGCCGACGAAGAAGACGAGAAAAAGGCGGCGGCGGCAGAGCAGCAGCGCCGCCAGGAAGGAACCCAAUGGAAUCUCGAGGAAGCGGAGACCCGGGAGAAUCAGAAUUAG